CGAUCCAUCGCGAGCAGGAUACGAUGUGCGGGAUCUUCGCCUACCUCAACUUCGAUGUGCCGCGGGAGAGGCGAUUCAUCCUCGAGCUCCUCUUCAACGGGCUCAGGCGGCUGGAAUACAGGGGAUAUGAUUCAUCUGGCAUCUCCAUCGAUUCCGAUCACAGGCCUCCCACUUCCAAGUCGCUCUCGCUGCGCACCCCUCCCCCGCUCGUCUUCCGCGAGGAAGGGAAGAUCGAGAAGCUCGUCACCAAUGUCUACCAAGAGGCUUACCAGAGCGAGCUGGACUUGGAGCUGUGCUUCAGCAACCAUGCCGGGAUUGCGCACACAAGGUGGGCAACUCACGGCCUUCCCUCGCCGCGCAACAGCCAUCCCCAGUCAUCUGGAGCUGGGAAUGACUUCCUCGUCGUUCACAACGGCAUUAUCACCAACUAUAUGGUGCUGAAAGAAACGCUGCUGCGCCACGGCUUUGAAUUCGAGUCCGAGACUGAUACCGAGGUCAUUCCCAAGCUUGCCAAGUUCGUGCACGACAGGUUGUCCGAGGAAGCCGCGGAUGUCUCGUUCACGCAAGUAGUGAUGGAAGUUAUGAGGCAGCUCGAGGGAGCGUAUGCACUCAUCUUUAAGAGUCCUCACUAUCCCAAUGAGCUCGUGUCGUGCAAAAGAGGUAGCCCGCUGCUCCUAGGAGUCAAGGAUACCGGCGAGGAGUAUGCCAAAGCCGAUGCUUUCGAAGCCGAUCUCACCACGGCAAACGGGAUCAAGAAGCCCAAAGAGAUCUUCCUAGCAAGUGAUGCGGCAGCCGUGGUUGAGCAUACAAAGCGGGUCAUGGUCAUUGAGGACAACGAAGUCGUCCAUAUCAAGGAUGGAAACAUCUCCAUUUUCAAGUUCGAUUCGGACAAAGCAAGAAAGCCUGGGGGUCUAUCGAGGCCAGCAUCGGUUCAGCGAGCCCUUUCUCUUCUUGAACUUGAAGUUGAACAGAUCAAGAAAGGCAACUACGAGCACUACAUGGAAAAGGAGAUUUUUGAGCAGCCAGAAUCGCUGACGACAACCAUGCGCGGCCGCCUCAUUCGUGGGGGUGAAUCCAAGCUGAAGAGUGUUGUUCUAGGAGGUCUCAAAGAUCAUCUGAGGACAAUGAGGCGAAGUCGGCGAAUCAUUUUUAUCGGCUGCGGCACCAGUUACAAUGCUGCACUGGCAGCAAGGCCGAUCAUUGAGGAGCUUUCCGGUGUUCCGGUCACAAUGGAACUGGCAAGCGAUCUGCUCGAUCGACAAGGCCCAAUAUACAGGGAAGACACUGCUGUUUUCGUCAGUCAAUCCGGAGAGACUGCUGACACUCUACAGGCUCUCGAGUAUGCCAAUUCCCAUGGAGCUCUUUGCGUCGGUAUAACCAACACUGUGGGUAGUGCUAUUGCUCGUGGCACCCAUUGUGGAGUGCACAUAAAUGCCGGAUGUGAGAUUGGAGUGGCGAGUACUAAGGCGUAUACAAGCCAAAUAGCAGUUAUGACUAUGUUGGCUCUGGCGCUUGGGGACGAUUCAAUGUCCAGCCGGAACAGAAGAGAAGAAAUUGUGGACGGACUUUUUGACCUUCCAAAUAAAGUCAAGGAGGUGUUAAAACUAGACAAAGACAUGAAGGAGCUGGCCAAGCUACUCACCGAAGAGCAGUCGUUGUUAAUAUUUGGGCGAGGUUACAACUACGCUACUGCUUUGGAGGGCGCCUUGAAAGUCAAGGAAGUUGCUCUGAUGCACAGCGAAGGGAUUCUAGCAGGGGAAAUGAAGCACGGCCCGCUUGCGUUAGUCGAUGAGACACUGCCGAUAAUAGUCAUUGCAACGCGAGAUGCGACUUUCAGUAAGCAGCAGUCUGUUAUCCAACAGCUUCGAGCCAGAAAAGGCCGACUGAUCGUCAUAUGCACAAAGGGCGAUGCGGAAGCGGUCUGCCCCUACGGCGUGUCUCGAGUCAUCGAAGUUCCCCGAGUUGAAGACUGCCUACAACCUGUUAUCAACAUUGUGCCGCUUCAGCUCCUUGCCUACCACCUGACCGUGUUGCGGGGUUACAACGUGGAUCAACCACGCAACCUGGCAAAAAGCGUCACAACACAGUGAAUAAGAGUGGCAUAUACAUACAUCAAAGUAAACAGCUCUUUUGGUUGUGCCAACGAGAAGUGACAAGAAUUUUGUAAACUGGUUCGUCAUUUACAAGGCUUGAACGACGCGAGAAAGCACCGCAACAUGUUCGUCCUUA